AUUAUUCAAAUUCUGACAUAACUUGUUGCAUAAGAAAAAGUGAAGCGCAUUUGAAUCUAACGUCAACGUUUGGUCACAUCCCGUUUUGUGGUGGCAACGAACAUGGAUUCGGAUCAAUUCACCACUUGCCCCUUAUGCGAUUCAUGUCUACCCUUAUCUCAACUCACUGGGCACGUCAAUUUUCAUUUUUGGGAACUCCAGCAUGAUUUUGACCUGCCCACAAUAAUUCAACGCUCUCCCAAUGUUGAUUCAUCCCCUCAAUCUCUUCCGAGAGAGCAAGCAAGCACUGUUUCACUGUCUGGAGCAAAGUAUUCGCGUGGUGGUGAGACUAGUAGCGAGAACGGGGAGUGCAAAGUGAAUGACAGAAUCUCUUGCUUGAUUGUUUCUCAGACAAGGUGUGAAUUUCACAAAGUUGAAGCGGGUUUGAUGACAUUGUUCAAAAAUUGUUUAGAGUCUGAAAUUGGAAAUUCAAUUAGCAUUUUGUCGGGUUAUGUUGAUCAUUUCCAGUGCCUUGAAUCUGAGGAUGCCGGAUGGGGUUGUGGGUGGCGUAACAUUCAAAUGCUUAGUUCUCACUUGCUAGUGCAAAGACCUGAAGCAAGGAAAGCUUUGUUUGGUGGUUCGGGAUUUGUUCCUGAUAUCUUGUCGCUGCAAAGGUGGCUCGAGAUUGCUUGGGAGAAGGGUUUUGAUCCGCUUGGAUCAGCUCAAUUCAAUCAUGCUAUUUUUAGUUCUAAAAAAUGGAUAGGAACUACUGAUUGUGCAGCUCUAUUGCGUUCCUUUGGUCUUAGGGCAAGAGUAGUGGAUUUUGGUCCUAAGGAAUCCCAAUCCAUUCCAGGUUCUAGCGCUGACAAUGCCAGGAAUGAAACAAGUGUUCAUUUGGUAAAAAAGAAAGAUAAAGGGGGCAGGGGUUAUCAAGUUCUCAUGGAUUUUGUGUGGAAUUACUUUUUGGAUGAAAACUCAAUCCAAUUUGGCCAAAAACAUGUGAUCAGUGAGAAAACGCCUUUAUACUUCCAACAUGACGGUCACUCAAGAACAAUAGUUGGAAUUCAAGUCAACCAUCAACAAAAAAGACAUCUGCAAUAUAAUCUCCUAAUUUUGGACCCUGCUCAAAGUACAGCCGCUCUUGAAAGAUCCCUCAGGCAGAAAGUUGGGUGGGAGGAACUCAUAAAAAGGGGAAUGCAUACACUAAAGAAGCCACAGUACCAGUUGUGUUAUGUUGACCCUGGAAUCGCUAGUGUGGGGGAGGUAGAAAAGCUGAAAACAAUUGAUAGCAUCUUCCUUGAAUUUUAAACAAGCCGACAAAGCACUUUCUACAUCCAGGUCGUGUCUUCCAGUUCAGUUGCCCCAAUUAUAAGAAUAAGUGGGACAACCACUAAACAUAAAAGCGCCACUUCCCAACAGCUAUUUGCAGCAAUCACAAUUCCAGCAAAGAAAGUUGCACAGCUAGAGGUGAAGUGACCCAACUGAUAGAAAGAAAUUCAGUUAUUAUCUUCAGGUGCUUCAAGAAAAAAAAACUCAAAA